GCAAACUCGCCCACCGCCCCCGCCUUUAAAGGCGGCGCCCUUCUCCUUCCCCUUUCCUCUCCAAAUCCAAUCCACCCGCAUCGCAUCCCACCCACGAACGCUUCGCCGCUUGAUAAACCAAAUUCCCCACCGCCGCUUCGUUCUCGCCGAUCCGGAGGGCUCGAGAUGAAGGCGAGGUCGAGGUCCAGCAAUGGCGACUCCAGGCUCUCGGUGAGGAAGACCAAGGCGGAGAAGGACCCGAACAAGCCGAAGAGGCCACCGAGCGCGUUCUUCGUGUUCAUGGAGCAGUUCAGGAAGGACUACAAGGAGAAGCACCCCAACGUCAAGCAGGUCUCGGUGAUUGGCAAGGCUGGUGGUGACAAGUGGAAGUCCAUGACUGAUGCUGACAAGGCUCCUUUCGUGACCAAGGCUGAGAAGCUCAAGGCUGAGUACACCAAGAAGAUUGACGCCUACAACAACAAGCAGGCAGGAGGCCCGGCUACCUCAGGCGACUCUGACAAGUCCAAGUCCGAGGUGAACGACGAGGACGAGGGCAGCGUAAGACCUCCCUCCAAUCCGCAACACCGUGUCUCCAUUAACUCAUAAAUCUUCUUGUGUGACCUCACUGACUGUUUUGUGUUUGUGUAUGUGCAGGGUGACGAGUGAUCGAUGGAGGGCUGCAGGUAGUAGGGAAAGUUCUCGAGUCGGCCUAACCAAAGUGGACGUUGCUGGUUGCUGCUCCUUGCUAGUGUUCGGAUGUUGCUGCCUUUAGCUUUUAGUCUUAGAGGUCUCCUCCUGUAGCUUAGCUCUCAUGUGGUGUCCUCGCUCUCUUCGGCACUUGACCACCAUCUUGUCGUCUGUUUUGUCUCACUGUCUGUAAUCUAAGUGAGUACUCGUAUCUGUUGCUGUUUUAAAUCUCAGAUCUCAGUAGAUGGUGCCAUCUGUGUUAGUUGCUGAAGAGGAAAAGGAAAAAAAUAUAACAAGUCUCUUGCAUCCUGUUUAAUGAUGCAUCCGGAUCUGUCAGUUCGUUUA